GAAUGGAUUGUGUGAAAACAGAUCCAAAAAGAAGAGAUAGCAUAAGGGGAAUAAGAAUAAAUGGAAACAAAAAUUAGUCUAUGGAAUGAGAAGAGCGGUAAACAAAUAAAUUGAAAAGUUGUGAAAUAAAACAAGCCUUUUUCUCUCUCUCAACAAUCCAAACAUGGUGUUUUGAGGUGGAUGAGCGUCUUUGCCAUGAUUCUUCUCACUCCCAUAUUUCUGUUAACCCUCGCCGCCGCGGCCGCCGCCACCUUCCUUUUCGCGGUGGUUGGGGCCGUGCUGUUCCAAACUGGGUGUGGCAAGAGGGUAUGGGGAAGAAUGGAAGAUUGGUUCCACGUGUAUCAAUUCCUCACAGUACCUGAACUCAACCAAACCAAACACCACAACCACCUCUACACCAAGCUCUCCCUAUACUUACAUUCCCUGCCUUCCAUCCAAGACUCCCACUUAGCCAACCUCGUCACUGGGAAGAACCAAAACGAUGUCGUCCUCUGCCUUGCCCCCAACCAAACCAUCCGGGACCAUUUUCUCGGAGCCACAGUCUACUGGUUCAACCAACCCGCUCAUCCCAACCCAGAAGGAACCGGAACCUACGUGCUCAAGAUCAGGAAGGUGGACAAGCGCCGAAUCCUCCGUCCUUAUCUUCAGCACAUUCACGCCGUAGCCGACGAAAUCGAGCUGCAAGGGAAGCGCGACUUGCGCCUCUUCACCAACAGCGCCGAUGAGUUUGGGCAGUGGAGAUCCGUUCCGUUUAUUCAUCCUUCCACGUUCGACACCAUCGCCAUGGAACCGGAUCUCAAAAGCAAGGUCAAAUCCGACCUCGAAUCCUUCCUCAGAGCGAAACAGUACUACCACCGCCUCGGCCGCGUCUGGAAACGGAGCUUCCUCCUCUAUGGUCCCUCCGGCACCGGAAAAUCGAGCUUCGUCGCUGCCAUGGCCAAUUUCCUCUCCUACGACGUGUUCGACAUCGACCUGAAUAAAAUCCCCAGCGAUUCGGAUCUGAAAUUGCUCCUCCUGCAUACGACGCCGAAAUCGGUGGUGGUGAUCGAGGACCUGGACCGAUUUGUGGCGGAGAAAACGGAGAGAAUAAGCGUUUCGGGGAUACUAAACUUCAUGGACGGGCUUAUAACCUCGUGUUGCGCGGAAGAGAGAGUGAUGGUGUUCACGAUGAACACGAAGGAGCAUGUUGACCCGAACAUGCUUCGUCCGGGUCGGGUCGAUGUGCAUAUCCAUUUUCCGCUUUGUGAUUUUUCGGCGUUUAAAACGCUGGCGAAUAGUUACCUUGGGGUGAAGGACCAUAAGCUGUUCCCUCAGGUGCAAGAGAUUUUCCAAAACGGUGCGAGUUUGAGUCCCGCUGAAAUCGGCGAGUUGAUGAUCGCGAACCGGAACUCGCCGAGUCGGGCUAUUAGAUCAGUCAUCACCGCAUUGCAAACCGACGGUGAUGGCAGGGGGUGCGGCUUGAUCGGACGGCAAAAGGAGGAGGAUGAAAUGGAUGAACCGGACGGGGUUGUCUGCAGUGAGGGUGUUCAUACGGUUAAGGAUUUGCGGAGACUGUACAGUUUUUUCAGAUUCAGGGUUACGAGAAAAUCUUCAUCCUCCAAUUCUUCCUUGACCGCUACUCCAUUGCGAUAAUUAGUCACUAAUCAUCACUUGAUUGGAAAUAUAUGUGCAAUAUUCCCAAUUGCACUUCAUUCGGCGGAAACAGAUAAUUACAGAUACCCUUUCAAAGAAGAACAAUUUGGUGGCAAGCUUUUUUGUCCAUAGCCAAAUUGAACACAACAACAGUUGUUCAUGGGAUGCAAACAUUACAACUCUUACAAGGUGAUUGUUUUUGUCCAUUUUUCAGCCAUCAGCGUCGAACUGUAAAUCUUUAUAAUUAGAUUGAUACAUUGCAUAUAGGAAAAUAAUUUACGUAGGCAGAAGAAAGGUUAUCCUUAGAGUUUGUUUCCUCAUUUUGGUGAACUGUGAAUCCAAUCUAAUGUAUAGAUUUAUUUUUUUAGGAAAACAAAAUCCUUCAUGCACACUUGGAAUAUUUCUUCCUCUCCCCACGACCCGAAAGUUUCGUCAUAAGAAUGAUAUGUUAAUUCAUUUCGUUCUAGUUUGGGUUAGAAUAUAAAGUCUGUAAAAGUGCUUAGAUUGGUUACAAAUUACGAAAUGGUUAUUUUCCUUUACAGUAUAUUUACGUGAAAACGUUGAAAAAGAAAAUGAAUUUUCUUGAAUUAAUUCAUGUCUAAACUAGCACUUAUUUUGAAGCACUGGUCUCUGUUUUCAUUAACAUAUAGCAGAUCGAUGAACAGAACUUAAAGCGAUUGAUUACAGUUUCAAUAAUAACGCCUCACCACAAUUUCUGUUUUUUGUCUUUUGUGUGAAGUGUGAACUAUAUCAGAAGAGCUUUUGUAAUGUUUGCUGUUGUUGUGAGUGAAGUUGGUAUACAAUUGAAAGGAAAAAAACAAAGUCAUCGGCGAAUAUAGUAGUCAAUUUAAUGCAUAUCUAUUUCAACGCAUAUAACAAGGACUGGGUUCACUAUCACGAAGUAAACACAAACUCAUGCAUACAUGAGUAGACAGUGUUAAAUAGCUGACAAAAACUAUCAGAAAAUCUCAGUUGUGGUUAUUUUCCGGAGCCUAUCAGUGACCAAAAGUUAUAUAGUGUUAAACAGUGUUUACACUGUUUAAUGACAUGUAGUCCUUAUUAUGAAGAGUCACAUGUGUAUGAUUCUUCUUCCAUAUUCCCAUUUUAUAUUCCAACCCUCUAACCAUGGAUCCAACUAGCAAGCAUCUUUGAUGAAUAAAGCAAAUUAAUUACUAGCCAA